AUGGACGUUGAAGCAAUCAAUAAAAGUCUGCUCAAAGCUGUCGAAGAGGGAGAUUUAGCUAAAAUUCAAGAUAUUGUUUUCCGUAUUCCAGGGUCAAGAACUGGUCAAGACUGGUCUUUUCUGUCACGAGAGCCGGUGCUGCUCGCCUGUAGCAAAGGAGACGUAGACAUUGUGGAGUUCUUACUCAAACAUUGUCAGCAGGAGGAUUUUACCGAUAUCUCAAGACGAACCGCAUUAAUUCAUCAAGCAGUUCGGGGAGAAGGAGCGGACCAUUGUAACACAGUCAAGCUUCUACUUGGAUUUGCUGCUGGCGAUGGCGGUGCAGAAACGGUGAAAAAGUAUGUCAAUAUUCAGGAUCAUGAAGGGAAAACGGCAGUUCACCAUGUAGCUGCAGAGGGCGACUAUGCGAUGCUUGAUGUUCUCUUUGAAGCAGGUGUGGAGGUCACUAUCAGAGACAAAAGAGGCCUCUUGCCGGCACAUAUCGCUUGCAUAGAAAAGAAAUAUGAGACGAUGAGAUGGCUGUUUCAGAAAGACCAAGUGGGGAUAGCCGAGAUCAUGAAAGAAGAGCGGAUUGCAGGGACCACUUGUCUUCAUCUGGUCUCAAAGAGAAACUGUGGAAAGGCACUUGGCUACCUCCUUGAUUUGAUCCAGGACGAACAAAUCAUGUCAAAAGACAGCAAUCGCAUGUCUGUAUGGGAGGUGGCAUGUGGGGGAACCAGUCGCUCGUUCUGUCCAAGUUCAGGAAAGACCCCACUAAAAGAGCUGAUUCGAAAGCCUUACCUAGUUUCGACGGGAUUCCCAACCCCUGAAAUGUGCCCAGGGAUACCUACAGACAGUAAAUUGCCUCCAGAGUUUCCCAUUAAUCUGGAAUCAGCCAGUGUACUCAUUUUCAACGAACAUAGGGCUCCUCGGAAUUGCAGCAAAUUCGAUUGGAAUGAAUAUUCUUUUCCUGGAAUAACUUGCUAUUCAUUUCCAUUGAAUCAUGCUUUGUUCGGAAAACUUCUGAUUGAAGAUCGUAUCAAAACUCAGGAUAUGAAAAGAUUCAUAGAAGGGUUUCAGUAUGAGCAGUAUAUCCGGAACCGAGAUGACACAGGACCUGUAGUCCUAAAGCUUCGAGAGCCUUCCUGUACUGUGACUCAUGGCGGAGGUUCAAAGUCCUUCACAAUUGCGAUGCCUUACUUCAAGGUACUCAAACAAGAUCGGGUCUUGAAAUGGAGGGAUUCGGCCGGAUCGCUCGAAUCUCUCAAGGCACCAUAUUUACCACUAACGCUUGAUGAGUACUGCUGCCCUGCGUUGCCAAAAUCGAUGUUGGAUCGUCGGAAUCGAGAUCAAGUACUUGCCAAGGCUGAUAAUACAGAAUCACUUUCUCCGGAGAUUGUUACAGUGUGUCAAGUAUGGGUUCUACAAUGCGAAGAUGGGCUCAUAGUUACACAUGAACCGGACGUAGAAUUUUUUUCUAAUCAUUCAGAACUAGAAUUCCCCUCGUGGGGACACGACUGUCUGACUGGGGACGCUAAGCGGUAUAUUGGUAUCCUGCUGUCUCAUUUCGUGGACAAUCUUGACCGUCCUUCUGAAACGGGCUCAGGAAACCCCGUUUUUCAUACCUUUGAGAAUUUCAUUGCCUCAUGUGCUCUUGUUGUAGAUGAGUACAGCAGGGGAGACGAUCUGAAGAAACUCGAUAUUGACAAGGAAAGGAGAUUUCUGCACGAUAUUGAUGAUAUACGAGGAGAACUGGGGAUGAUCAAACGCGUCAUCCUGCAGCAAGAGGAGGUCUGGAAAACAUUUGCAAGCAACGCUUGGCCAGAACACUGGUCAAGUGGUGCAGAAGGGCGCAUGGUCGUAAAAGACGACGAAGGGAGAUCUCUUGAAGAAGAGGAGGAAUGGCAGCUUAUUCUACGCGCACAGACUCAGUUCGAUCGAUUUCGACGUCGAAUCGCGCAAUUGGAUGAAGACGCCGCCCGUAUGGAGAAAUCCAUAAUGGCCAAACUAGACCUGAAGCAGAAACACGCAAGUCUCCAAGAGUCACAUGCAACAGCCGUCAUGAGCGCAGCAGUUCUCGGCUUCACGGUUAUAACCAUAAUUUUCACCCCCUUGUCCUUUCUCACUAGCUUGUUUGCUCUUUCAAUCGACCGUUUCCAACGAAACCAAGUCGACUUCUACAUACCCAAUCGUGAGAACGAAGUCGACUUCAGCAAUCGAACUCGCGUUUACACGACAAAUUACAUUGGAAAAUGGGCUGCUACCACAGAACUUGCAUCUAUCGCUGUAGCCCUACUGUCCAUGUGGUUCGUUAUUGAAUACGGCAUGGACGUGCCUGUGUUGCGAUACAGUGCAACACGGUUGGUGGGCUUGACAAAGCGGAUAUGGGAAUUUAAGUUUGUGACAAAAGUGAGUGGACGGAUCAAAUCCAAAAGGUUGCGAAGACCGAAUGUAUCUAUACCUGUUUUUGUGCGUAGACAACUUGCGAUUAGGCUCAAGAAUUUCAGGCGAAGGUGGCAGCGUUGA